AAACUGGGACUGUUUAGUAACUAGUUAGAUUUUUCAAGGUAAUAGAAAUAGCAUAAUUUAUUUAAAUUAAUUUUCAAAUUCGACCUAAAAUAAAAGUUUAUAUAACAAGUUGUUUCGACUAGUCAGUUGUUCAGUCUACGCCAGCAAACGUUACCACUUAUCAUCUGUUAUCAGACCAGUCUCAACAUGAACAAGAUAGUUUUAACUCUCGUCGUCUGCCUCGGUCUUGUUGGUUACGUGUCGGCUGCUACAUCGAUAGGACUGGGAGCUUGCCCUGAUGGAGUAAAGAUUGGCGAAUCCUGGUACCCAUCUGGAUGUGAGAAAUGUGACUGUUAUGAUGGAAGCUAUGAAUGCUACUCGUGCAGUACUUAUAGGUUCCCACCUGGGUGCAAGGCGACGUACGACACCACCAAGCAAUAUCCAGAUUGCUGUGUUCCAAAACUUGACUGCCAAAAAAAAUAAAUGAAAGAUCUAUCGCUAACAAGUUCCUAAACGUUAAGAACAUUUAAAAACAAAA